UUUUGUCAUGUUGGAAGUAGAAAAUUCCAAGAGAUCCAGUUGGGUUGUUUAGCUUUGUUUUUAACAUAUUAUUUUAAUAAAAAGUGGUUUUUAAUUAAGAAAUGGACUAAUGGUGUUGUAUUUGGUGCUUAGGUAGUGGUUCCAAAUCUGUGUCCACGUGUAAAGUGCGAAACUUAGAUGUUAUAAGUGAAUAUGUCUCCGAAUAGAUGCGAUGGGUUACUUGCGAAGGUCGAUUUUCCACUUUACACACUUCAGACCCUCACGAAUCGACACGUCCUCGUUGCCGGUGGUGGAGGAGCAUCGAACACAGGCGUAGCGAAUGGAUUCGAAAUAUUUGAACUAUCUCACAAUGGAACCAGAUUUGUUGCCGAAGAGGUAAUGCGGUACGAAACAGGACCCAACGUAGUUAUGACAUGUUCAGUUCGGAAUACUCAGAACCGUAUCUACCUAGCUGCAGGUCAAGAAAGUCACUGCCAGUUGUACAAAGUAAACGUCAAAAUGGUGGAUGCAGCAGAGAUGCGGCGAGGGAGCUUCAGAGCCGAGAAUGGUCUAGUUCGUCGUCGGCGUACAAUAUCUGAGAAUGAUAACAUAUCAAAGAUGGAAAGGGAGAAACGAAAUCAUACAACAGAUAAGAGAAUGUCGUUUGAAAUACGGCCAUGUGAAAGUGUACAGACAGAUUUUGCAAAAGAUCCACUACAGAGGGUGGUAACAAUUAGUCAUAAUGGUAAAAUGAUGGCCACAGGCGGGAUAGAUGGAGUAGUUAGGAUAUGGUCCUUUCCUAAAAUGCAGUUACUCUUUGAAUUAGAAGGACACACCAAAGAGCUGGAUGACCUGGACUUUAGUCCGUGCGACAGCCGGCUAGUUAGCAUCGCCAAGGAUGGGCAGGCGCUGCUGUGGGGCACCAGCGCCAAGGCGGCGCCCCUGCUCAGCCUCGCGUGCCAGCCGCCCAACGGCACCAAGUAUCUGUUCCGACGGUGCAAGUUUGGUGAAAUAGAAGACAGGAAGGGCGAAUACCGCAUGUUCACGAUCGCCAACCCUCUCGCUCGGUCGGGCAAGCAGAAAGGCUUGCUCCAGCUGUGGGAGCCCACCAGUGGGCAGCUGCAGCGAACCGUGCUCAUCGGGGAGUCGCUGUCCGCGCUGGCCGUGCGCGACGAUGGGCGCUUCGUGGGCGUGGGCACUAUGUUCAGCGGCUCUGUUGAUAUUUAUAUCGCUUUUAGCUUACAGCGCGUGCUGCACGUGUCGGGCGCGCACGGUAUGUUCGUGACGGGCCUGCAGUGGGUGGGUGCUAAAGGAGGCGCGGGCGGCGCGCUGCAGGGCCGCAGCGAAGCCGCGCUGCUGUCCAUCUCCGUCGACAACCGCCUCGUCGUGCACACGCUGCCAUAUCCAAGUACUCUACCGGUCUGGGUCGCCAUCCUACUCAUAAUAUUUGUGUUAUUCUGUACCUUCUGUUUAUGUUCAUAUCUAGGUAUAUAACGAAUAUUAUAUUUAUGUAUAGGUAUUAUAGAAAUUUAAUUAUAAUUAUUGUCAAUAAAAUAUAUUUACUCGUAAGAACGUCGGGACGCUAUAGGUUAAUUAGGAAAUUGGUGAACAUCAAGUAAUAAAUAUAACUAAUUGUUAUUCUGUAUGUUUGUAUAAAUAGAAUCAAUUAAAUGAAGGAUUUGAAGGUG